GAAAAGAAAAAAAAAAAAGUGAAAUUUGGAACAAACCAAGGUACCAAUCUAAAGACUUUUUUUAUUUUAUUUUUUCAAUUAUUAUUUACCUCAGCAAAGUAAAGACUAAAUUAGGACCCAACAAAAACGAGAAUGAGAGAAUAUCUGAUCUCAGUGUAAGAGAGAAACUUUCAUACAAUUCCACUUCCACUUCCACAUUAGUUGCUAUCUUGCUCCAUUGAUUCUUAGCUGUAAGUCUCUUUCUCUCUCUGUGUGCCUAUGUGCAUGUUUUUUUAGGACUCUUUUCAGUUUAUAAUGUUCUAUGUUUGUUUUAGUUCUUGCACUCAACUCAGUUAGAUGAAGAUGGGUUUCAUGUUUUCACCCCUAUAGUUUCCCUAAUUUACACCUUCUGCCACUGAGGUGUGUUGUUCUUCAGUUAACCUUCUGUGUUUUUUCAGUCAUGGAAAUUAAUUGGGUUUCAGUUGUUUGCCCCUGGAAAGCCUUUCAAUUACAUGUUCUGCCACUACUCUUGUUGUUGGUUCUGUUACGUUGUUCAAGCCCUUGUCAGUGUGUUGUUGAUCUUGACCCAGAUGACAAAGCCUUACUUCUGGCAUUCAAAUCAAGGGUCCAAGACCCUAGCCAGAGCUUGUCAAGCUGGGUUGGGACUAACUGCACCAGCUGGUCCGGGCUCACCUGUGAGAACCAGACCGGCCGGGUGGUUUCAAUCAACUUGACCAACAUGAACUUGUCCGGCAAAGUUCUCCCAAAAUUGUGCAAGCUUUCGUUUCUUGAAGACAUGAAUUUGUCCCGUAACAAUUUUACAUGCCCAAUUCCAUUAUGUUUUGGUAAUUUGGUUAGUCUCAAAGCCAUCGAUCUUAGUCACAAUAGGUUUCUUGGUGUUGUGCCUGACACACUCAUGAGGCUUAGGAAUUUGAAAGAACUUGUUUUGAAUGGGAACCGAGAUUUGAGAGGUCUUGUUCCUGGGUGGCUUGGUAAUUUCUCAACAAAUUUGGAAAAACUUGAUCUGGCUUCCAAUUCGUUUUGCGGGGAAAUCCCCGAAAGCUUGUUGUAUUUGAAACCUUUAAAGUAUUUGGAUCUUGGUAACAAUAAUUUAUCGGGUAAUCUUCGUGAUUUUGGCCAAUCUUUGCUGGUUCUUAAUCUUGGGUCAAAUCAGUUUUCGGGUACCUUGCCUUGCCUUUCUGCUUCUGCUCAGUCUCUCAAUAUUUUGAAUAUGGCUAACAAUUCUAUUGUGGGAGGAAUACCCACAUGUGUUGCUUCUCUUCAAGCUUUGACUCAUCUAAAUCUAUCUUUCAAUCACUUAAAAUAUGCAAUAUCUCCUAGACUUGUAUUUUCCGAGAAUCUUCUUGUGUUGGAUUUGAGUAACAAUGAUUUGUUGGGUCCCCUACCACACAAGAUUGCAGAGACAACUGAUAAAUCUGGGCUUGUUCUUCUUGACUUAUCCCACAAUCAGUUCUCAGGUGAAAUCCCAUUGAGGAUAACGGAAUUGAAAAGCUUGCAGGCAUUGUUUCUUUCACACAAUCUUCUUACAGGGGAAAUUCCUGCAAGGAUUGGAAAUUUGACUUAUCUCCAAGUGAUAGAUCUUUCGCACAACUUGUUAUCGGGUUCAAUUCCUUUGAACAUUGUUGGGUGCUAUCAGUUACUUUCAUUGAUGCUCAAUAACAACCAUCUUUCUGGUGAAAUUCAUCCAGAGCUUGAUGCGUUGGAUAGCCUGAAGAUACUAGAUCUCAGCAAUAACAUGAUUUCUGGUGAGAUCCCACUAACUUUGGCAGGCUGUAAAUCUCUAGAGUUUGUAGAUUUUAGCUCCAACAAUCUCUCCGGAACUUUGAAUGAUGCAAUAACCAAAUGGUCAAACAUCAGGUUUCUCUCCCUGGCUCAGAACAAAUUCAAUGGAAAUGUACCUAAUUGGCUAUUCACAUUUGAAGAAAUCCAAACAGUAGAUUUAUCAGGCAACAAAUUCUCUGGCUUAAUAGCAGAUGGUAACUUCAACAUUAGCGUAAAGUUCAACAAAAGAGACAUUGGUAGAAUGUCUAGAGAGCCAUUUGUUGCAAUGCCAAAUGUGCAUGUCAGAGUUUCAAUGGUUGUCACUGGUAGUAGUGAAUCAAGCUUCGAUUACCAUCUAUCUUCAACAGUUGGAAUUGAUUUAUCCAAUAAUUUGCUACAUGGAGAGAUUCCACAGGGCCUAUUUGCACUACAGGGCUUGGAAUACCUGAAUUUGUCACACAAUUUUCUUGACGGUCAUGUUCCUGGUUUAGAGAAGAUGAGCGGUUUAAAGGCCUUGGAUUUAUCACAUAAUUCUUUAUCAGGUCAGGUCCCUGGAAAUGUUUCUAGCCUUAAAGAUCUGACACUCUUAAACUUGUCAUAUAACAGUUUCUCUGGAUUUGUUCCUAAGAAACAAGGGUAUUGGAGGUUUCCAGGAGCAUUUGCUGGAAAUCCAGACCUGUGCGUGGAAACCUCAAGUGGAAGGUGUGAAACAGAGAGCAUUCCAAUGGUGCCUGGUAAGUCUUUUCAUGAUGGAGUGGUUGAGGGGCCAAUUUCUGUAUGGGUGUUCUGUUUAAGCUUUUUUGUUAGUUUCUACUUUGGCAUUGUUGCUUUAUUUUGUUCUGCUCGAACAAGAAAUUACAUUCUCCAUAUGAAAGUUUAAUGCAUUAUAUGUGAGAUUGAGAACUUUAUCAUGUA